GGUGGUUGGCGCCGCCGGGGAGGCGGCUGCACGUGCGGGCGGGGGCGAUGCGUCACUGACCGGUGAGGCGCAACGGAGGGGGUCGUUCUCCCUCCGGUGCCUGAAGGAGGAACAAGGAUGAAUAUGACUCAAGCCCGAGUUCUGGUGGCCGCAGUGGUGGGGUUAGUGGUGGUUCUCCUCUAUGCCUCCAUCCACAAGAUCGAGGAAGGACACCUGGCUGUGUACUACAGGGGAGGAGCCUUACUAACUAGCCCCAGUGGACCAGGCUAUCAUAUCAUGUUGCCUUUCAUUACUACCUUCAGAUCUGUGCAGACAACACUACAAACCGAUGAAGUUAAAAAUGUGCCUUGUGGAACAAGUGGCGGGGUCAUGAUCUAUAUUGACCGAAUUGAAGUGGUUAAUAUAUUGGCUCCUUAUGCAGUGUUUGAUAUUGUGAGGAACUACACUGCAGAUUAUGAUAAGACCUUAAUCUUCAAUAAAAUUCACCAUGAGUUGAACCAGUUUUGCAGUGCCCACACACUUCAAGAAGUUUACAUUGAAUUGUUUGAUCAAAUAGAUGAGAACCUGAAGCAAGCACUGCAGAAAGAUUUAAAUGUCAUGGCCCCAGGUCUCACUAUACAGGCUGUGCGUGUAACAAAACCCAAAAUCCCAGAAGCCAUAAGAAGAAACUUUGAGUUAAUGGAAGCUGAGAAGACAAAACUUCUUAUAGCUGCACAGAAACAAAAGGUUGUGGAGAAAGAAGCUGAGACAGAGAGGAAAAAGGCUGUUAUAGAAGCAGAGAAGAUUGCACAAGUGGCAAAAAUUCGGUUUCAGCAGAAAGUGAUGGAAAAAGAAACUGAAAAGCGCAUUUCUGAAAUUGAAGAUGCUGCAUACCUGGCCCGCGAGAAGGCAAAAGCAGAUGCUGAAUAUUACGCUGCAUAUAAAUAUGCCACUUCAAACAAGCACAAAUUGACCCCGGAGUAUCUGGAGCUCAAAAAAUACCAGGCCAUUGCUUCUAACAAUUGUGGAACAAUGACCUAGAAAGCAUCCUUGGUCAUCUCUGUCUCCUUCCCUCCUGACCAUGGAAUGCUGAAAUCAAAAGUUGCUUCUCCAGCAUUCACCUUCCCUAGGAGAUCAGCAUUCCACUGACUUCCUGGGCAGCCAGUGAAUUUAUUUUUCAUGAGAAGAUGACAGAGUUAACCUGUGGCUAUAGGAGAGCGACUUCAUCUGGAUCUUUAUUUUCCUUCAGAUUAACUUCCCUGGAACAUUGUGCUGCAUAGUUAGGCCUGAGUUUGUGCAGCUUAUUGACACCUUUUGUCAAAAUACACUAUAUUGAAGCCAGACAGAAAGUCAUGGGACCAUUUCUAGAAACUUCUCACCUGUCAAUCUCAUGACUGUUGAUGGGUUGUGCCAAACAUUUUAUUUGGGAAAGGAAAGCCCAGAUUUGAAUGGGUCUUUUCCUUGGGCCUUAUGCUAUAGAGGCAUUGUAAUAUGGAGAAAAUCAUUUUUGCUCAUUUUGUUAUAUAAAUUCUCUUUAUGAAUGAAUUUUGUAUUCUUUAGCCCUCCUUCAAAGAACUUUUGAAUUAUAAAAAAUAAACUCUUGGCAUACUGUUGCUGCAGAUAAAUAAUGAUUGCUGUGGGAAAUCUGGAUCAUUGAGCUUUGUGCUUUCAUGACUAGAGAUGUUUCCUUUUCCCGUAAGUGAAAUGCUAUUGCUCCAAAGUGAUGGAUGUGGAUUUUCUUACCAGCCACAAGCCAUGGUUGCAGGGUUGAGGAACAGGGGAGUGCCAUUAGGAAGUUUUAAAGCACUUCCACUUAAACUCCCCAUGGAGUGAGCUUCUCAGUGUCCACUCAGUGAGCUAAGUCUAGCCAUUCUUCAGGAAUGUUCCUUUUGGUAAAUAUACACUGUAAUCUUGAAGUCUAAAUUUAUAUGUGAAAUGCUACCUUUUUUAAAAUAAGAAACUAAAUAAAAUUAUUUUACUAUUAGUGAUUGUGUGUAUGUGUUUUGUUUUUCCUGUAUGUGUUCACUGUUUUCCCUGUCACCUUAACCUGCUUCCAAGGCUGUCUUGCCCAUUUGAAUUAGGGACCCAGCUGACUUGCUGGUUGAACCUAACUGU